UGGAGGAAUAAUCCAUCCUUAGCCUCCGGUCUUACAAUCUCCUCACAGACGCUACCUCUGUUCACUGCAGGCAUGCAUUUGCCUGUCAGCAACUAAACCUGUUCUAACUGGGACAUUUCAUACCAGGAUUUGAUUUGAUUGCUUUACAUCUGAUUCGCGCUUCAUUCAUCUGCAAAAAUGACUAUCAGAACAGCGCGCCCAAACCGGGCACAACAUUUCCAGCCCCGUUUGUAUUGCCUCAAAAAGCUGGAAUCGAUUUUGCUAGAAAUGCAGGACCCAAAAAUUGGAGUUAAAGGUACAGAGCAGAAGCUCAAUAUCAGUACCAUCCCACAUGUCAUUGCCGGUAAUGACAUAAUUGCUUGGAUUAGCAACAAAAUGAAGACCAGUACAGAAGAGGCUCAGGCCUUUGGCACCAUGUUGGUAGCUUAUGGUUACAUCUACCCCCUGCAGAACCAUAAGAAGCUGGUCAUGUGCAACGACAGCAGCCUGUACCGUUUCCAGACUCCUUACUUCUGGCCAACACAGAAAUGGGUCCCAGACGACUCUGAUUAUGCUAUUUACCUGGCAAAGCGGAACAUCCGGAAGAAGGGCAUGCUGGAACCAUAUGAACAGGCACAUUACAAUCACCUCCAUGAAUGGCUGAACCACAAAUGGGAUUUUAUUGUGAUGCAAGCAACUGAACAGUAUAAGGCUGGCAAAGAGAGGAAGAAGCCAGAUCGCGUGGUGUUUGACUGCCAGGAGAGGGCGUACUGGAUGGUGAACAGGCCUCCGCGUUGUGCUCACAGUGCCAUGGACUGUGGUCCAGACAGGCUCAUUGACCCAAACACAGAUGAGAAAACCACUUUUGAUAUCCAUAGACGCAAGAACAUGUUCUAUCAACAAGCUAUCAUGAGGUCCAAGGUCAAAUCUAGCGUCUCUCUGGGAGCGCUGGUCAAAUACAUCACAACCUACAAAAAUCACGACCCAUUCCUGGCUUCCUGUCUACCCAGCAACCCCUGGCAAACAGACCAUGAUGCAUACUGGACUCUCAACAUGAGAAGGGUUGAAGUUCCUACUAAAAUGCGUGUGGAGCGCUGGUCCUUCAGCUUAUUCGAGCUGCUGAGCGACCUGCGAGGGCGAGAUGACUUCAAGAUCUUCCUUAAGAAGGAGUUCAGUGGUGAGAACUUGGCUUUUUGGGAAGCAGCAGAAGAACUGAAGUGGGGAACCGCAUCGUCUAUGUCAACAAAAGCUGAGACCAUCUUCAAGACCUUCCUGGCCCCUGGCGCCCCCCGCUGGAUCAACAUUGAUGGCAGGACAAUGGGUCUGACAGUGAAAGGUCUGGAACAUCCUCACCGCUAUGUGCUGGAAGCAGCACAGACGCACGUCUUCAUGCUCAUGAAAAAGGACACGUUCUUCCGUUACCUCAAGUCACCUACAUACAAGGACAUCCAGAAGAAGGCACUGAACCCUGAACAGCACAACUUCAGUCCUGCCAAUCUGGAGCAAAAUGCUCUGAACCGGAGCCCGGGCAUCCACCCCAUCAUCCUCUGGCAGCAAGAAGAGGAGGAAAAAGCCAAGGUUGCCGCUGCCUCCGCUCCAGUGGAUGUCAAGGCCAUGAUGAGCAAGAUCGACAGGAAGAAGUAGAAAAAUAUAGUGCAGGUGUGUUUGUAUGCACGCAGUUUGGUUCAAAGCAGUCCUCUUUGUAGCUGGAUACAUAAAAGGUGUCACUUUACUUAUUGAUGGUCUCCCGUUUUAGUAACUGUGAGUUAAUUUAAACUGUAAGGAAAAACUUUAUUGGCUUUCAGGGCCAAGAUCUGUCUGUGCACAAAUUACAUUUCAUUUGCUUGUUUGAGUGAAAUACUCCUAAAGACUCUCAAGUUAUAGUUUGACAAACAAUCAUUUACAUAUCACAUUUUCUGAUGCAUUUAAAGCUGUUCCUCCAGUUUCUACUAGUCAGCGGAUCAUCUUUCAUGUAUAUUGUGCUAACACAGUUUGUUAAUAACACUCCUACUGUUGUGAAUAUAGAACUGUAGCUGCACAUAUGCACUGCUGUCAUUACAGGGUUUUGUUUUGGUCUUAUUAGAUUAAAUGUGUCACAGUCAUGCAAAAUAGCAUUUCAGUGCAUGUCAAUGAAAGAGUAUCUGUGUAGCAACCAAGUGUGGACCAUGUCCCCAAAAUACAAAUAAAUAAAAGAGAAUAAAUAAGCUCAACAUGUCGAAGACUUUGAAUGUCACGGCUGAUUUUUUUUCCUUUCACUGAUUCUUCUUUUAAUCAGCCAACAUAAUCAGUCCCUACUGAUAUAUCAAGGAUACAUCAAUAUUGGCAUAAAUACUGUGUUUGUAUUCAAAUCAAAAAGAGUUUAUUUUAACAGAGCUGUGCAAAAACACGUUGGUGAUCAUUUAACAUGGUGUCUGGAGGAGGAGCUUAAACCUCGUCGUCUCUCAGCACUGUAGGCAUCUGUGGCUCAGAGGCUACAGUAGGUUGUAUCACUGGGUAAGUUUAUAAGUAAGUAACAUUUAUUUACAACAAUUAAAGCACAAUAAAUACCAAAGAGAACCAUGUUCAAACAGAAGGAAAAUGGUUUAAUCUGCUGAUUUAAAGGUUUUUAACUGUUUUUAAAGACUCCACAGAGCUUAAGUGUGAACUGUUUUAAAGCCUUGGAGCCAAAGACUGAAAGAUUCUGUCCUUCUUAGUCCUCAGUCUUACAUGAGAUACAAAUAGUUUAGAUGAGAAGUGUGGAGAGCAA